UGUAUUUAUUAUUUAUCAUUGGAGACAAACUGUCACAUAUGUAGAAACAGUUUGGACUAACUGUUCUUGAACAAGAUUUGUAGAAAGGUACCUUUAUAGAUAAUGAAUCUGAAGUUGUCCUCACACGCCCAAGAAGUCUUAGGCGCGAUACUUACAACAAUUGAGUUGGGACUCUGAAUAAUGCCCCAGUCACCAAUAAUUAUUAUUAUGUUCAGCCCAAAUAUUAAUCACCUGGCCCAUAUUAUUCGUAAGAAUAAAAAUUAAAAAAAAUCAUUUUGUCACGAAGAUUGGCUAGACCUGUCAGCUCCUCAUAUGAGUAGGGAAGGUCAGACAAUAUCUGUAAUAAGAAAUUCUCCUCGUUGUGUAGAAGUAUUACUAAUAUU